AUGGCUAAGCCUAUCUUGCUCUAUACUUCUCUGUGCUUUCUUGUGCUCUUCAUCAACGGAUGCCUAGCUCAUAGACAGGGGCAGCAACAACAAGAGUUCAACCAGUGCCAACUGGACAGUCUUGAUGCCCUUGAACCCAACAACCGCAUCGAGGCGGAAGCCGGUGUGAUCGAGUCUUGGGACCCCAACGACAAGCAGUUCCGGUGCGUCGGAGUGGCCGUCGUUCGCCGUACCAUUGAGCCUAAUGGCCUUCUCUUGCCUCAGUAUACCAAUGCUCCUCAACUCAUGUACAUUCAGAGAGGUUAUGGUAUCUUUGGUGCUGUAUUUCCUGGGUGCCCCAACACAUACCAAGAAUCUCAAGAACAGCAGCAAGGACAGGAUCGUAGGUCCCAGGAUCGAGACCAGCACCAGAAGAUCCGAAACUUCCGACAGGGUGACAUCAUAGCAUUCCCAGCCGGAGUAACCCAUUGGCUGUACAAUGAUGGCGAGUCCCAGGUGGUCGCACUGUCUCUCCUUGACAUUAACAACCAAGCCAACCAGCUUGAUCAGAAUCCUAGACACUUUUACCUUGCCGGAAACCCAGAAGAUGAAUUUCAGCAACAAGGUCGAAGCCCGCGAGGAUCGCGACGCCACCAGCAAGAACAAGGCCAAGGCCGUCGCGAGAGUGGCAGGCAUGGUCAGCAACAGGGACAGGGCAACAAUCUAUUCAGUGGCUUCCGUGCUAAGGAUUUGGCUGAAGUUUUCAACGUGAAUGAGGACACCAUUAGAAACCUUCAAGGCUUAAAAGAAGACAGGAGCAACAUAGUGAGAGUGAAGGGUAGGCUUCAAGUGGCCAGGCCACCAAGGUCACGUGAGGAGCGCGAGCGAUUGGAAAGACAAGAGAGAGAGCAGGAGAGAGAAGAUGAGAGGGAACAACGUGAGAGCGGCCGAGGCGGACAUGGACGUGGACGCGAGGAGAGUGAGCAAGAGGAGAGACAACAAGAGAGAGAAGAAGAAGAGCGAGAGCAAGAGAGGGAACGACGUGAAAGCCUACGAGUUGGACGUGGAUGUGGAGGUUACAAUGGCAUUGAGGAGACCCUAUGCACCUUGAGGCUCAGGGAGAACAUCCAUGACCCUUCACGAGCCGAUAUUUACAACCCCCAAGCCGGUCGAAUCAGUACCCUAAACAGCCACAAUCUCCCGGUCCUCCGUUGGCUCCGACUCAGUGCUGAGUUUGGAAUGCUUCAGAAGGAUGCUAUUUAUGCUCCCCAUUGGAACCGGAAUGCACAUAGCGUGAUCUAUGUAUUAAGGGGUCGUGCCCAGGUUCAAGUGGUUGAUGACUUUGGUCAGACUGUGUUUGAUGAUGAGCUUCAACAAGAACAGAUCUUAACCGUGCCACAAAACUUUGCUGUGGUGAAACGAGCUAGUAGUGAGGGCUUCGAGUGGGUGGCCUUCAAGACAAACGACAGGGCCCAGAUUUCUCCUCUUGCAGGACGAACCUCUGUCCUCAGGGCCAUUCCAGCAGACGUACUAGCCAACGCUUUCCAACUUCGCCAGGAAGAUGUUUCAGAACUGAAAGUUAAUAUGGAGCGACAAGGGAACACUCUACUAAGACCCUCUAGAUCUUCUUCUCAGAGGAGGGCUAUAGCUUAG